AUGAACGGCAGAAUCUCCGACGGGAUGUUGGUGGUGAAAAAUACGUUUCUGGAUGUGGCGAAGCUGCCAGAUGAUAUUCCAAGGUCUGUCACCGAACCGAUUCAAAUUACGGCAUCAUCUAACUGUGUAUUAUAGUUGUAUAAAUCGACUUCCACAGUAGUAAAAAUAGUAGUAGUAGUAGUAAACCCAAACCCAAUCCAGGGGUACCUCGGUACUUGCAUUUCCAUGCAUUUUCUAGAUAGGAUGUAUUUAUUAGAUGCAUCAAUUUCCAUCUUUCGUGGUCCUGUUUUGUUUAAAAGGGAACACUAUGGGGAUCAUACGUAUGCAUUAACAUCUUCCUCCCGGUUUUAAAGGUUUGAAAACUACUAGGUGCUGAAAUGCAGAGGCAGAAAAAACGACUUGUAGUGAAGAGAAGAGGCAAGAAGAAGAAGAAGUGCAACGAAUUUAAUCAAUUAUACCCCGCGAUGGGGUACACUACUACUACUACUACUAUACGGAGGAGGUUACGGAUUUCUGAUUUCAAACAAGGUGGAGUUAUUCUUAUUCUUAUGGUAGUUUCUUUAGGGCUAUACCUCCACACGUAUUUUUAUGGUCCCUCUACCUCUAAUAUAUGGGCUCGCACCCAGCAGUGUCAAUCACGUGAUAUCAUGGUCUCGCACACUUCUAUUCCAGAAAGCGAUGCAGAGUAUAUCGGUAACCUACUCUACACCACGACCGACGCCAUCGAUCGAGGAGUCAGCAGGAGGUCGUUGGCGAGCAGUGAGGUACUCACCAUUUUUUAGUUAGCAGAGAUGAAAUCUGAAAAACGAAAAACAUCAAACAUAUAUUAUAAAUAUCGCAUAAGAUGAUUUUGCCCCCUUGCUAGUUCUUGGUGCAGCAUCAGAUCAUCUAACCUUCUCCUUUCCAGCAGCUUUCUGCAGCCUCACCAGAACGUAUGGUAACGUGGGACGAAUAUAAACCUGCACAAGGAUACGACAACAGAUGGCAAAAGGAUUUGAGGAAGUAUUUUUUUGUGGUUCAGGGAAGUCGUAGGACAAUUCCGAACCGACUAACAUCAUCAUUUUUUUGUGGUGGGAUUUUUAUGUCAUAAUUCGACAUGAGUGAAUGACUCUGAGUCUCCGAGUAAAAAGUAUCGAUGAAAAAUAUUUUUUCUCUUCGGUUUGAAAAAUAUUUCAUGUUGAUCAAUCUUUGAUUAAUCAGCCAAUUGAGCAAUGCGAAUGAAUCGACCAAUCUCAAUGAAUGAGCCAAUCUCAAUUGCCAAUGAAUCAAUCAGGGCGUGUAGCGGUCCUGCUGAUGACAGUGGGAGCUAUUCUCGGCAAACCGCACAACCAAAGGACGGCUACCACCACCAGCCAACUCUGUCAUACAGUGGCGACGACACUGAGCGAACUCCUAUUGGGUAUGGCCGGCAGUAUAACUAUCCAGUCGAGGGGGUUGUAGGACAGCAUGGAUCCUUCUCUUCUCGUGAGUUCGCGACAGGCACUGGCUACUAUCAACAUCUUGCUGCUUCAUUUAAGGCUUACUCAUAUUCUUUUUCUUUCAUCUUAAGAAUAGGAUGUACUUAGUAGUACUACUUAGCAUGAUGGCCAUUACAAUAAUAUCUGCGCUACUUUAUCCUAUACCUACAUUUCUUCCUUUUUCUUUCCUAGUUAGUUUGGCUCCACCCAUGUUAUAAGAGGUAAAGGUAUCUUGGAGGGGCCGCUUUGUAAGAGAAUAUGGCUACUAAGAUGCUCUUCAGGAGGAUGAAUAUCACGUUUCAAGCGUCUAACAGAUCCAAUUCGACCAUGCUUGUAGGAGAAAGGACAGCUUCGCGCCUUGCUCCUUCUCCACCUCCUCCUGGUCUCGGCAAUGGAGUUGGACCUCAACAUUCGUCGGCCUGUAUUAACUUAGCAGGAGGAAUGCCAGGAGUUGUAGUCGGAGGUAGAGAUCACCCACGUAGUAGAGCAGAUCACCCACUUGGUGUUCCUACUGUAGUUAAGGCUAACUACUACUACAAUAAUACUCAAUGUUGCACCUUCCUCAGGAGCAUCUUUAUGAUCCCGGCUGUUCUCAAAGGAAAAGAAACGCGCGCCAAAGGUUUUGAUGGUAGUUGCAACAUCACGACUAUCUUCACUUCUAACUAUUGUGGCAGUUGUAACAUCCCUUGCGGCUCUCGAGGUGGAGGUCCUCGACUUGGCGCGAGCUUCGUAGAACAGCAGCGACACCAGCAAGAACAACUCGUGAAGGAAUUGAUGGCACACUCUGCGUCUACCACGAAGGAAGCUCCUGGUGGAGUGGAUUGUUCGCGCGAAGGUGGCUUAGUGUCAGUGCCGGCUUAUGCAUUGAGCAAACUUCUGGAACAAGUGCGAGACAUAGGAGCUGGAGGAGUUAGUGGCGUGGUUUCCGCCUCCAAUUCCCGAGGAGGCGCUUCCGGUGGUGCAACUUCAACAAAUCAUGGAGGUCUGCGUGGAGGAGGACUAGGGGGCAACAACAACGGAGUCGCAGGAGGAAUAGGACGAGGUCAAGGUUUCAAUCACCAGAAUUGUGUCCAAAAUGGAGGUUCACGCGGUGACGCAGUGACACCUGGAAGCAUGAGCUCGCCAGGUACUGUACAAAGUAGAUUUCUUGGAAGCUCAGGAGGAGGAGGCCCAGGCACGGGUAACACCACGCCUUACGGUGACCUUCAGGGUAUGGGCGGACCCCAAGGAGGUGGACUCCAAAAUCCUUUACAUGGAGCACUAGGUUUGGAUAUGAGCGCUUUGCAAGCCGCUCCCGGUUCGUCUCUGGUGGAUGGCAACGGUGGAGUUUCCUCGUUCUCUUCUUCAAGAGCAGUUCUGUCUCCUAGCUCGCAGCAGUUCGCUACUUCGCUCUUCAAUCCCUACACUGGUGCCUUUCCCGGUGCAGCAGGAAUGGGAGUAGGCGCAGCUUUCCCGCCCACAGCUUCUCUGUACAAUCAUCUAGGAACAGGUGGUGGAGGAGGCACCAGUGCCUCUACGAGUUGUAAUCACCACACGCCGGGAGGAGCCACCACGGCAGGAUUAUUAGGAGCCACAGCGGAACCAGCAGUACGCUUAGUCGGCUACAAUGGAGGUGCUGGUGGACAGUAUAAUGGUCAGUACAAUGCCAUGGCUGGAGGCUAUCUGCCCUCGGCUCUUCCGUCUGCACUGCCACCAAAUGAUAAUGGUAGUGACGCUCCUUCAGGCCAUUUUGGUUUUGCGCCGACGCUUCCAAUGGUCAGGGGACCUGGCAUGUACGGAGGUGCAGCAAACGGAGCUGUAGCUAAUGGAGGCACGGUAGAUCCAUCUAAUUCUUUUCAUCUUCCUGGUGAACAAGCACAACUAGACCACAAUAAUGGCGAAACCAGUGGGAAAUCCAGAGCAUGUAACAAAGGUUCUUCAUCAGCAGGCUAUAACAACAAUCAUAGAGUAGAAGUAGGGGGUGGUGCAGGAGCUAAUAACCACCAGGUUGACUUGAUGUUCGGUGCAGGCUCGAAUGUUGCUGCUGUCGGAGGUGGAGCUCCUCCUUCUAACACAGCCAUUCUUCAGCAGCACAGGAGCUCCUCUGGAGUUCUUGCUUCUCGAGAACAGAGUCGUGGUUCAGUGUUUCCUAUGGACGCCAAUGCUGUUGCCAAUAUCAUGAUGAACAACUUGCAGAAGCAGACGAUAGCAAGUAGUAUUUCCUCCUCAUGUGGUGCUGGACAGGCUGGACAUCAUCAUGCUGGGUUCUACAGACCGCCACAACGUGGAGGUGGUGAUUCUUCUGUGUAUGGUAGUUACAAUGCGCCUCCUGGAUCGAAUGGACGAUACGGAGAAAAUAAUCCCACCAGUAACACAACGCCAACGGGCGCAACGAAUGCACAUGCCCGGCAGCUUUUCGCGCACCUCAGGGCCGAGGGAGAGGAUAGAGGCGGAGAAGAACCGCCGAUCCUGUCAGUCGGCAAAGGAGGAAAGAACUCAUCUUGGAGACAACAACAAGUAGUAGAUCCAUUUGGCGGUGUGAAGACGCUUCAAGGACCCGCCAAGGGAGGCAAGAAUCACGAAGGACAACAAAAUCGAAAUGAAGGCAACGGUAGAUGGGGUGACUCUGACUACACCAUCAACAUGUCCUCGAAAGGGAACAAUAAUUAUCAACAAAAGGCUCCUGUUUACAACAAUAAUGAAAGGCCAGUUGGAGGGAGUCGUUACGACAGUGUCCUGGGACAAAAAAAAAGAGUCUAUGAUGGAAUGCCAGGGACAAAUAAUGGUCAAAAUAUUAAAGUACAAAACAACAAUAAGCGUCGCGGUAGAAAGAAUAAUGUUGAAGCAGGAGCGGCACUUGCUAAUGGAAGUACUCCUCGACAACACACUGCUCGACAACAAACUGGAGGCAGUACUUCAAAUGUUGGCAACAAUAAUAAUCAAACUAAUAGUAACAUCAGUAACGGAGGUAGUGCUGGGACCAGGCAACAAAACGGCAAUAAAAACAACAAGCAGAAUAACGGCAACGAAGGCAAUGGAGGUAAUAGCACUUCUACAGCAGACAACGACGCUAAACAGAAUAAGCAGCACAACGGUAAAGGCUCCUCUGGAAAGGAUUCAUCUGUCACGCGGCAACGCAUCUCAGAGCGGUGUACAACUUCUGGGGGGAAGACAGAUGGUUCCUCACUCGGUGGUCGCAGUUCCACUCUCGUAGAGGACGGCUUCUCUCCCCAAGGAGCCGAAGGCGAAAACAAUAAAGCUGCCCCUGGUUCCGGAAAAGCGUCAGAUCAUUCUGGGCCACCUAGUGCUCAAGGAGAUGGUGAUGGUGCUAAUAAGCUGGACUCUGACAUCAACGCAAUUCAAGAAGCCUCUGCUUCAAAGGCUGUCCCCUCAUCAAGUAGAACCCCGUCUAAGGAGUACAAUUUUACAACAAAACCCUCACUAGUACCACAUAGCAUCCCCGCUACGCCUCAUUCACUAGUUCGACAAGUUUCGUGCACCACUGGCGCACACAGAGUUGUUUGGAACGUCGAAGGCAAACGUCUGAAGAGCACCGACAAGGUAAAUUUAUCGUGGAGUAAUUGUAAUGACUCUUACAGCUGCAGCUGCAUCUUCAACAUCCUUUUUAUAGCUAGUCAAGUAUGGAUCCGGUUAUAGUUUUCCGUCUAUUCUACUUAGGCUAUCUAUCUUCGAUCUAGUAGAUUUUGUAUAAAAAUGUCUCCUCUAGUACUUAUUAAUUUGUUUUUCAUCUUCGACAAUGAUCUAUGACAGCUGUGCGUCUCACCGGCUUUUUCCUUGGGGGGUUUGGAAAGCGUGAAGUAUCGCAUUGUGCUCUACCCACAAGAAGCAAGCACUUUCAAGGGUCAAGGAAAUUUCCGAACAAGUAAGGGAAAAGGUACUGGAGUCAGAGUCUAUCGUCCUAGUUAACUUCCGAACAAGGAAGGGAAAAGGUACUUCUGGAGUCGUCUAGGAUUCUAUUGCACUAUCCUAUCCUUCCUAUGCUGGAGAACGAAGAUUUUUUUAUCGCGAAAACAGAUGCAACAGAGGAAGGAAGAAAUAGCAGACAUCAGUCUUGCAACUAGUAUAAUUAGAGAUGCUACUAACACCCCGCGAGCAGAGGGUACAUCAAUCAGUCAGUCAGUCGAUCAAUCAGGUAAAAUCGUGUUGAAGUGUGACUCUGCGGACACGGAUGUGAAAGCUGGAGAGGAAGUUGCUUUUCAGCUCGUUUUCAGAUUCUUCCUCGGUGAUCUCUCGGGGAAUCCGUCUUUGUCGAAACCUGUCCGAAAUGACUUCACAGCACUGCCGACUGCUGGAUUGAGGAAAAUGGAUGAGGUAAAAAUAUCCAGAAUUAAAGAACUUAUUAUACCCCAUGAGUGGGUACAUCUAUCUAUCUAUCUUCAUAUUAAUUCUUGUUUUUGGAACUCAGGAGCUGACUGCUCGUAUCCUUUUUUUAAUCAUCCAACCAUAGUACCAAGUAUCUGCUACCAUGAAAAACAUAUAAAUCAAUUCACCUUAAUAUUAAAACAAAGUAUCAUUAUGCUUGCUAGUAGUGGCCUAGAACAUAAUCCACCCACCAGCACCUCAAUAUAUUCAUUGAAAAUCGAUUCAUCUCAUCAUCACCAACAGAUCUGGGACUUCGGAAAGUCGGUUUCGAAGGGGACGUUGAUUGUUGGCGUAGAAGUCAUCUCUGGAUCAGCGGCUCCGACUCCGGAAUCCUGGUUGAGUCCUGGAGGAGAGAAUGAACUCAAGAAAGUGCCAAGUACUGAAGCAGAUUCUUGUAAGACGGACGAGGGACGAGCAGCGAAGGAUGAGGAUACCACCAAAAAGUCUGAGCAGGCUGCGAAUGAAGUAGUAGAUGAGUUAGACGCGGCAAGUGUCGCUGAGGACAAAGAUACCAAGGAACAGAGGUGGGAAGACCAAGCUGUCACAAUUGCGAAUGGUACAGCAUCUCCGACAGCAUAA